CAAUGGUAGAGGCGGGCUGUCUGGACCCGUAGGCGAUCAGUUGACUCGGUGCGAUGGCGGAAGCGUGGCUCGGGGUCCCGAACGGUGCUGGUUCUUGUGAGUGUUCGGACGGUCGAGUUAUCGGACAGGAAGAAGACGAAGUAAGAGAAGGCCCCGAGCCGGGCGCGUCCCGAACAGUGAGCGAACAGGAGGUGCUGCUGAAGCAGACGGCCUGCUUUUACUCGGAGUGUUUAACAGCCAGCGUUGAGCAGGAGGUUCAGCAAUUGGAGACAUGUUUAGAAGAAAUGCUUUCCAGAGUGGAUGAAUUCUGUGGGAUGUUGGACAUAAUUCGAAAUGAUUCUUCACAAAUAAUGAAUGAAAAUAUCCCUGAAAUCCAUGCUAAAGCUGAUGAAAUGAAGCAAAUGUACAAAAAGAUUGAUAAACUUGAGGCUUUUGUUAAGAUGAUUGGAAAGAAUUUAUCUACGCUGGAUGAUCAAGUAACACAGGCAGAAGCUGAGCUCGGAACCUUUCCAAGUGCAUUUAAAAAAAUCUUGCAUUCAUUCAGUUCUUCUGCAUUCUUUAAUAAACCAUCCUUUCCAAAGAAGCAACAGCAAAAAUUUGAGGUUGCACCUCUCUUCCAGACAGAAGACUACUUCCCUGCAAAUAGUUUUCAGGAACAUGAAUGAUAACACUGAAAUAAUAGCAGUACAAAUGAGGGGAUCAAAUUUGUUGAACCCUGAAAGAAGCACUUAAGAACCUUGUGGACAAUAUUGAAACAGUGUUAAAAUUGUGAAACAAAUCUUGUCUUCCUUUUGAAUCUUCAAAAAAUUACUUGAGGUAUAACACUGUUACCUAAGUACAUGCACUGUUGGAUGGUUGGUUUAGACUGAUUUUAGAUGUUUGUCCAACCUGAAGUUUUGAGAUCUUUUGAUAAUUUAGUUCUCUUCUGAGACUGGAUUUGUUUGUAACAGUAUUCAAUCCUAAGCCAUAUUUUUGCACUUUUUGAUUGUAUUACUACAAAGUUUCCAAAAUCUGCUGUUUUGAUUAAUUGUACCAGAUUUUAGAAGCAGAAAUUCUUAAAUCGCUAAAUUAGAUGUUUUAUUUUGUACUAAUGACUUCUGGGCGCUGGAUUCUGUUUCUUUUUGCUUUGAGAGGUAUUAAAUUGCCUUUAGGUAUUGCAAUUUUUAAAUCCAUGCAGUAUAUCUUUUUUAAUGAUUAAAAUAGCUCAAGAUUCAUUCCGUCUCCAAACAUA